AUGGUAAAAUCUUAUUUAAGAUACGAGCCUUGGAAAACGUUUGGCGUCAUAACUAGCACGACUUCAAACGUUAUUUACUCUAAGGACGGCACACUUGCAAUCGCUCCAGCAUUAGAAGAAGUUACUUUAUGGGAUUUAAAAAAAGGAAUUUUGAAACGAAAAUGGCUCGACAUUAAUAAUAAAGCAGAAGUGACCGCUAUAGCAAAAAAUCCAAAAAUUAAAGAUAUUAAUUACUAUCGUAUUUUUAGCUAUGCUGAUGGAUCAAUUCGAAUAUGGAAUAUUGAACAAUCAACUUUCUCCCUUAUUUUCAAUGGUCACCGAGGUGCGGUGACAGCUUUGACAUUCGAUAAAUCUGGUACAAGAUUAGCUUCAGGAUCAAAAGAUACUGAUUUAAUUAUUUGGGAUGUAAUUGGUGAAGUGGGACUCUUUCGAAUGCGAGGUCAUAAAGAUCAAAUUACUGCAAUUCGAUUUCUCUGUAAACCACAAUUGGGUGGUGUUAUCUCUGAAGAAACUCCUCAUGGAUACAUCCUUUCAUCUUCAAAAGAUACUCUUCUCAAAUUAUGGGAUCUAAGUACUCAACAUUGUAUGGAGACAGUAGUUGCUCAUCGCAGCGAAAUCUGGGAUUUUGAUAUAUCAAAAGAUGAAACGUUAAUUGUGACUGGAAGUGAUGAUUCUGAAAUGAAAUUAUGGACAAUUGAUCAUGAUGUAUUAGCUCAAGGGCUUGAAUCUGAAAGUACAUUAAAUGAUGAAAGUACUGAGAUAAAAAAAGCAAUCAAAUUUUAUGGAAAUAUAAAAAGAGAAUGUAAAGAACGUGUAAUUACUCUCAAAUUUCAUCCAACUGCCAAUAUAUUGGGUGUUCAAGGUCCUGAAAAAUAUGUAGAAAUUUUUCGAAUUUAUUCAUAUGAAGAGAUAAAAAAAAAAUUGAUUCGUCGUAAGAAACGGCAGAAAGAAAAAAAGCAAAAGAUUGAAAAUUCUAAUAUGGAUAUUGAUAGUGACUUGGUGGAAAUUAAUGCUAAUGAUAUGAUAACAUCUUAUCGGAUGGUUAGAACUAGCGCAAAGAUACGGUCUUUUGAUUUUUCGACAAAAGAUGAUAUUGCAAAAUCUGGCUCGAUAGAGAUUCUCGUGUCUUUAACAAAUAAUAUACUUGAACUAUACACGAUGGGUCUUCCCAUCAAGAAAAAAGAAAAAUUUCUAGAAACUGCCGAUCCAUCAAGGCUUUAUUCUGUUGACCUUUCUGGUCAUCGUAAUGAUAUCAGAACUUUAGCAUUAAGUUCUGACGAUGAGUUAUUAUGCUCUGCAUCAAAGAGCACACUUAAAAUUUGGAAUAUGAGAACUACGUCAUGCCUUCGAACAAUUGAUUGUGGAUACGCGUUAUGUAGCUCGUUCUUACCAGGAGACCGAAAUGUCAUAAUUGGUACAAAAGCUGGGAAUUUGGAAAUAUUUGAUCUCGCAUCUUCAUCUCAAACAGAAUCAAUUAAAGCACAUGAUGGUCCAAUAUGGUCUUUACAAGUUCGACCAGAUAAACGUGAGUUGGUGACAGGUAGCGCCGAUUCUAAUGUAAAAUUUUGGGAAUUUGAUAUGUCUCAAGACGGCGAUACUACUAAUGAACAUCGGACGGGACCUCGUCAUUUAACUUUAAUUCACAAGCGUACACUAAAGAUGACCGAUGAUAUCUUGUGUGUUCGAUAUAGUCCUAAUCAGAAAUUGGUUGCCGUAGCAUUACUAGAUGCUACUGUCAAAGUAUUUUAUAACGAUACUCUAAAAUUUUUCUUGUCUUUAUAUGGUCACAAGUUACCCGUGUUAUCAAUGGAUAUAUCUUCAGAUAAUAAAUUAUUAGUCACUGGUUCAGUUGAUAAAAACAUUAAAAUAUGGGGCCUCGAUUUUGGGGAUUGUCAUAAAUCAAUAUUCGCACAUCAAGAUAGUAUUACGAGUAUUCAAUUUGUCCAAGGUACACAUUAUAUUUUCACAGCUGGCAAAGACAAAUUGGUAAAAUAUUGGGAUGGAGACAAGUUUGAAAAUAUUACAAAACUCGAAGGACAUCACGGAGAAGUAUGGGCAUUGGCAAUAAGUAAACGAGGAGAUUUGCUUGUUUCCGGUUCUCAUGAUAGAUCUAUUAGAAUAUGGGAACAAACUGAUGAGGAGCUUUUUUUGGAAGAAGAACGAGAGAAAGAGUUGGAAGAAUUAUACGAAUCUACUUUGACAACUUCAUUAGAAAAAACGACACUUGAAGAUAAUGUAGAGUCAACUUCUGCUGGAAAACAAACUAUGGAAACUCUCAAGGCCGGAGAGCGUAUUAUGGAAGCGUUGGAUAUUGCUGAUGAUAAUGCUGCAGCUUGGGAAACUUAUACUCAGCUUAAAGAGCGAGGACAAGAUCCUGGGCCACCACCUAAACCUAAUCCUAUUCUUGUUGCACUUGGCAAUUUAACCGGAGAUCAAUAUGUUCUCAGAACUAUUGAAAAAAUAAGGUCUUCAGAACUCGAGGAAGCAUUAUUGGUUUUGCCAUUUACCAAAGUCAUUUCUUUAUUCCAAUAUUUGGAUUUAUGGGCUAAAAAGGAAUGGAAUGUGGCAUUGACAUGUCGAAUAACAUUUCAUCUUCUUAAAGUUCAUCAUGACCAAAUAGUUGCAAAUCGACUUAUUAAACCAAGACUAGAAUCUUUGCAAACACACAUAAGAGCUGCAUUAAAACGACAGAAGGAUUUGUUGGGAUAUAACUCGGCAGCACUUAAAUAUAUUAAACGUGAUUGGGAAAACAAUAAUACAGCAGAGUUCUUUGAUGAUAUACCUAAGAAUGAAGAAAUGGAUUCUGGGUCAUUAACAAAACGGAAAUUUAUAAACUUGACGGUAUGA